UUGAGUUACUCGACAGCCUCCGUCAACAUGUUCCGCCUCGUCUUCGCCGUCUUGCUGCUCUGCGCCGUCGCCCUCGCGACUCCAGGCUAUGGAGGAUUUGGAGGAGGAUUUGGCCGCGGUGGAUUUGGUGGUUUCAGACAUGGCGGUGGAUUCGGAGGUUUCGGUGGUGGAUUUGGCCAUGGAUUCGGAGGAUUUGGACGUGGUUUCGGCCAUGGUGGAUUUGGUGGCUUCAGAGGAGGCUUCCACGGAUAAGAUGGCCGGUUACGGAGAAGCCAACUUAUACCUCGAGAAGAUUGCCUCUACUAGAUGACACAACUGAACAACCUUCUAAUCUUCCAAGUCGUCUUCUGCGUUUAUUUUUCUCUGGAAAUAUAAAAAUAAAAUAUAAACAAUUCA